CGACGCCACUCCAACGCGAGCGCGAGAGAGAGAGAGAGAGAGAGAGAGAGAGAGAGGAGAAGAGGACGAAGCUAGGGCUCCGAGCUCCGACGACGGAGAAGGAGGAAGAGGAGGAGGAGGAGGAGAGGUUAUCUCGUGGUGUGGCGGUGUGCUCUUUCACGGUGGAGCGAAAGGGGCGGAGAUUUUCGCGGCGAUGCAUUCGUUCGGGUACCGCGCGAACGCGGUGGUGACGCUCGCGGUGACGAUCCUCGCCGUGAUGUGCUCCAUGGCCUCCCUCUCCGACAACUUUAACGUCCCUUCCCCCACCGCCGAGGUCAAGGUCCUGAAUAUCAACUGGUUCCAAAAGCAAGCAAACGGAAAUGAUGAGGUCAGCUUGACGUUGAACAUAUCAGCAGACCUUUCAUCCCUGUUCACUUGGAACACCAAACAGGUGUUUGUUUUCAUAGCAGCUGAGUAUGAGACCCCUCAGAAUGCCCUGAAUCAGGUUUCUCUAUGGGAUGGAAUUAUACCCUCAAAAGACCACGCGAAAUUUUGGAUUCACACCACAAAUAAAUACCGGCUCAUUGACCAGGGAAGCAAUCUCAGGGGCAAAGAAUUCAACUUGACAUUGCACUGGCACGUCAUGCCAAAGACCGGCAAGAUGUUUGCUGAUAAAAUAGUUAUGACGGGGUAUCGCCUCCCUGAGGAGUAUAGAUAAAAUUCCCGUCAGUCCGCCUUGCCAGUCUAAAGGAAUAGGUCAGAUCCUAGAACAUGUAUUCAAUGAGGUCACUGAUGAUAGUUUUGUGUUUGUUCUUUAAUCUAGCUGGAGACUUUGUCGUCUUGUUGUUGUUGUUUUACGAUUCAUACUUCUGAGAUUGAACGAAAGCGAGAGCAACAUUUUGCAGAGAAACUAACUGUUGUGUUUCUUACUAAGUUCAUUAUUGUUGCAAAUGGAGAAUUUUAUGGACUAAUCCCUACAAAGAUCCUAUAUGUUGCAUAAAUUCUGGCAUUGGAACUUCCUAAAAAGCCAAAAACAUGGAGCAUUGAUCUUUAUGUGUUGUUACUAA